AUGGCGGACACAGCUCCAGCCGCCAGAGGUGGCUUCCGUGGAGGUUUUGGCUCACGAGGUGGUACCGGCGACCGCGGUGGACGUGGUGGUCGUGGACGAGGAGGUCGCGGUCGAGGACGCGGACGUGGUCGUGGCAAGGAAGACCAAAAGGAAUGGAUCCCAGUAACCAAGCUGGGUCGUUUGGUGAGAGACGGAAAGAUCCGUUCUCUUGAAGACAUCUAUCUCUUCUCCUUGCCCAUCAAGGAGUUUGAAAUUAUUGAUCAAUUUAUUGGGCCAUCUCUCAAGGAUGAGGUGCUCAAGAUCAUGCCUGCUUUCGUCGCUAUUGGUGACAGCAACGGCCACAUCGGUCUCGGAGUAAAGUGCUCCAAAGAAGUAGCUACUGCUAUCCGUGGUGCCAUUAUCUUGGCCAAGUUAUCAGUAGUUCCAGUCCGUCGUGGAUACUGGGGUAACAAGAUCGGUAAGCCCCACACCGUACCUUGCAAGGUAACUGGCAAAUGUGGAUCAGUCCAAGUACGUUUGAUCCCAGCUCCAAGAGGUACUGGUAUUGUGUCGGCCCCAGUCCCCAAGAAGCUUCUGCAGAUGGCUGGUAUCGAAGAUUGCUACACCUCUGCUCGUGGUUCCACUUGUACUCUUGGUAACUUCGCCAAGGCUACUUACGCAGCCAUCGCCAAGACCUACGCUUAUCUGACCCCAGAUUUGUGGAAGGACAUGCCACUCUUGGAGGCUCCUUACCAAGAACACGCCGACUGGUUAUCCAAAAAUCACCGUGCUGUUACUGGUCAAAGAAGUGCUGAUGCUGUUUAA